CCAGUCUCCGCUGUUCUGGCUGCGUCAGUACCUGCUGUCUGCAGCUGCCUGUGAGGGAGUGGAUGAGGGCUCCCCGCUGACGCUGCUCCACACAUUUUCCUCGACUUUUUCUUUUUCCUUUUCCAAGUGGUUUUUACUCUCCGGAACCCAAGUGGACGGAUUUGUCGUAUUGACAAGGACCAGGAAGCUGUGUUGGGUGUGGUUUGAGAAAGAAACAUGGCUUCCCAGGCUGAUCUGAUGGAACUGGACAUGGCCAUGGAGCCGGACCGCAAGGCAGCCGUCAGCCACUGGCAGCAGCAGUCCUACCUGGAUUCAGGGAUUCAUUCAGGGGCCACCACAACUGCUCCCUCCCUCAGCGGGAAAGGCAACCCAGAGGAGGACGACCUGGACAACAACCAGGUCCUGUAUGAGUGGGAGCAGGGCUUCAACCAGAACUUCUCCCAGGACCAAGUACAAGACAUAGAUGGUCAGUACGCCAUGACGCGUGCUCAGCGGGUGCGUGCGGCCAUGUUCCCAGAGACUCUGGAGGAGGGCAUGCAGAUCCCGUCCACGCAGUACGACGCUACAAACCCCACCAACGUCCAGAGGCUGGCGGAGCCGUCACAGAUGCUCAAACACGCUGUGGUCAAUUUGAUCAACUACCAAGAUGACGCCGAGCUCGCCACCAGAGCCAUACCGGAGCUCACCAAGCUACUCAACGAUGAGGACCAGGUGGUAGUUAACAAAGCAGCAGUGAUGGUCCACCAGCUUUCGAAGAAGGAAGCGUCUCGUCACGCCAUCAUGCGCUCCCCUCAGAUGGUCUCUGCGAUCGUCAGGACCAUGCAGAACACCAACGACAUGGAGACCGCCCGCUGCACGGCAGGAGCUCUGCACAACCUGUCCCAUCACAGAGAGGGGCUGCUGGCCAUCUUCAAGUCCGGAGGAAUACCGGCUCUAGUGAAAAUGCUCGGCUCGCCGGUGGAUUCCGUCCUGUUCUACGCAAUCACUACCCUCCACAACCUUCUGCUGCACCAAGAAGGAGCCAAGAUGGCCGUCCGCUUGGCCGGCGGCCUUCAGAAAAUGGUGGCUCUGCUCAGCAAAACCAACGUUAAGUUCCUGGCCAUCACCACUGACUGUCUGCAGAUUCUAGCCUAUGGAAACCAGGAAAGCAAGCUGAUUAUUCUGGCGAGUGGAGGCCCCCAAGCACUGGUCAACAUCAUGAGGACCUACACGUACGAGAAGCUCCUGUGGACCACAAGCCGAGUCCUUAAGGUUCUGUCGGUGUGCUCCAGUAACAAACCGGCCAUUGUUGAAGCUGGAGGUAUGCAGGCUCUGGGUCUCCACCUGACAGAUCCAAGCCAGAGACUGGUCCAGAAUUGUCUCUGGACCCUCAGGAACUUGUCAGAUGCCGCCACCAAACAGGAGGGAAUGGAAGGUCUUCUGGGAACUCUGGUUCAGCUGCUCGGCAGUGACGACAUCAAUGUAGUGACCUGUGCUGCUGGGAUCCUUUCUAAUCUGACCUGUAACAACUAUAAGAACAAAAUGAUGGUCUGCCAGGUUGGAGGCAUCGAGGCGUUGGUUCGCACAGUGCUGCGGGCCGGAGACAGAGAAGACAUCACAGAGCCAGCCAUCUGCGCCCUGCGCCAUCUCACGUCCCGACAUCAGGACGCCGAGAUGGCCCAGAAUGCCGUGCGGCUGCACUACGGCCUGCCCGUGGUCGUCAAGUUACUGCAUCCACCAUCACAUUGGCCCCUCAUCAAGGCAACUGUUGGUCUGAUCCGUAACCUAGCCCUGUGCCCCGCCAACCACUCCCCCCUGAGGGAGCAGGGCGCCAUCCCCAGACUGGUCCAGCUGCUGGUCAGAGCCCACCAGGACACGCAGAGACGCACCAGCAUGGGAGGCACACAGCAGCAGUUUGUGGAGGGAGUCCGUAUGGAGGAGAUCGUGGAGGGCUGCACAGGAGCACUUCAUAUCCUGGCCAGAGAUCUCCAUAACAGAGUGGUCAUCAGAGGCCUCAACACCAUCCCUCUCUUUGUGCAGCUGUUGUACUCUCCCAUUGAGAACAUCCAGCGCGUAGCAGCAGGCGUCCUCUGUGAGCUGGCCCAGGACAAAGAGGUGGCAGAGGCCAUCGAGGCGGAGGGAGCCAGCGCCCCGCUCACAGAGCUGCUGCACAGCCGCAACGAAGGAGUUGCAACAUACGCAGCAGCAGUUCUGUUCCGCAUGUCUGAGGACAAACCUCAAGACUACAAGAAGCGCCUGUCUGUGGAGCUGACCAGCUCUCUGUUCAGGACAGAAGCAAUGUCCUGGAAUGAGACCGGAGACCUGGGUUUGGACAUCGGAGCACAGGGAGAGCCUCUGGGCUACAGGCAAGAUGCUGUAUCAUGUGAUCUGGAUGAACCUGCAUCGUGAUUCGCCCAUAUGGAGGAGGCGGGGUCUCAGAAAGUGCCUGAAGAUGACUCAACAACAGCAAGCAGUUUCCUGUCUACAGGAGCUCCAUUGGGACAAAGUAGUUUUUUUUUUUGUUGUUUUUUUUUGUGCAGUUCGGUUCUGGUCUCUCAGCUUCAUCGAAGGCCGGCUUUAAUCCUGACACGAAACACAGAUUUUGAUCUCAAUGAGCUUUUUUCUUCUUUUUUUUUUUUUUUGUUGCUUUUUUUCCAACAAGUUUUUUAUGUAUUUUGUUUUUUCAUUUUUAAUACCUUGGGUUGUUUUACUUUUUUAUUCCGUAAUGGUACAAACUGAACUUAGCUUGCUUUUUCAUUUUUCUGCAUUAUGAUACUCAUCUUUUUGUUUUUUGUUUUUUUUCUAGUCCCUUGUAUUUUAAGUCUAAGUGUUUUUUUGUUUUUCAUUUUAAGUGGUGAUGCUCCAUCCAAAAGAACUGGAUGAGAUUUUAAAUGGUGUCCAAACACUAAAGGUAAUCUGUUGAAUUGUAUUCUAAUGAUCAAGUGUAACAUUGUGUAGCUUUUGUACAAAAACG